AUGCCUUUGAAAGUGACUAUCAUUGGCGGCGGUCUCGCCGGGCUCCUCGCAGGACGUGUCCUUCGGGACCAGCACGACGUCACCAUUCUCGAGCGCUUCAACGGCGGUCAUGAACUAGGUGCUGCAAUCAAUCUAGGACCCAGCGCUCUGAAGAUUGCCAAGAAGUACGGAUUGGAUACGAAACGUGCCGGAUCCAUUGUGGCUGAUACUGCGCGAACUUUCCUCAAAAACGGGAAACAGGUCCGGGAGAAUGACAUGGGGAAAUUCAGCAAACUAGCAGGCGAGGACUGGGUUUUCCAGCACAGGGCUGACUUGUGGGAGGAGUUUCUGAGACUGGCCACCGGCCCUGGUGAUGAGGUCGGGAGCCCUGGGAAGCCCUGUACCGUGCUCUGGGGAUCGGAUGUUGUUAAUGUGGAUGUCGAUACCGGCGAUGUCAGUCUUGCAGAUGGAACGACUCUCUCAUCGGAUCUAGUUAUAGGCGCUGAUGGAGUGAAAUCCAUUGUCCGACCACUCGUCGUCGGGGAAGACGAUUUCCGAACCGCCAGUCCUUCUGGACUUUCAGCAUUCCGGUUCACAAUCCCAGCGUAUGUCUACAAAAAUGCACUACCAGACGAAACCCGCGUUCUUGAUGCGACUAAGAACGCUUCGUUGGACGUCCACCUUGGCGGCGACUCGACUAACAGAUCAGUGGUCCUGUAUCCCUGUCGCGGCUUCCAACUUGUCAAUUUCGUCUGCAUUGCGCCGGACAACCUGAUCAAGACAAAGACGUCCGAGUCCUGGUCUGCCAAGGGCACGGUUGAAGACCUUCUAGACACCUACCACGAUUUCCACUACCUCAAGCCUGUCUUGGCCGAAGCGAAGAACAUCAUGUUGUGGCAGCUGCGUGACCAGGACCCACUGCCAACGUAUAUCAAAGGCCGAACGGUGCUCAUUGGCGAUGCUGCUCACGCAAUGACUCCACAUCAAGGUCAGGGCGGUACGCAGGCUGUCGAGGAUGCUGAAGGGUUUGAGCUGUUUAACAUGCACUCCGUGGCCAGGGAUGCGGUGUCAUCUGUCCUGCAAGACUUUGACAUUAUAAGGAGGAAUAGGGCGGGUCAAGUACAAAGCAACACCCGCGAAGCGCACGAUCGAAAGGACCCGGAGACGAUGUAUAAACAUACUGCUUACAACUGGGUCUAUAAAGGAAUUCAGGAGAGCUUGGAGUUGGUCAGAAAUGGAGAAAGCAUCAAAGAAUAA